AUGAAUCGUACUUAUGUUCUUGUUGCUUUACUGAUGUUCAGCUUUUCAAGGUUUGGCUUUUCAAGGUUUGGAGGUCCGUGUUUCAUCGAGUACCAUAAGGACAACGUCUUCACCUACUGCUACUGCAAAUUCAGUCGAUGCAACGUUCCUCAAAAACCAAUUCGCCACGACCGUUAUAUGGCAAGAAUGCUUCUUGUUGAUCCAGACCACCCGGAUUAA